GAGGAGGAGGAGGAGGAGAAGAAGAAAGAGGCGACGGCGGAGGCGGCUGCUGCUCCGGCGGCGGCGAGACGCAGGGCGGCUGCUUCUCUACGCAGGGAUCUUUGUGAAGCUGCGCCGAGAUGUCUUCUCCUUCCAAAGCUAAGGAGGUUUUCUCCUCGGACGAAGAGGGCCCCGCUGCUGGGGCCGAGGAUCACCACAAAGUCAAGGUCUCCAGUUUGCCGUUCAGUGUGGAAGCGCUUAUGUCCGACAAAAAGCCGCCCCGAGAGGCGAGCGGAAGCCUUGAAGGGGCUGGCUUGGGUACUUCCAGGAACCUGCUCUUGCCCACUCACGUCUCCAGGGAAGCUCCCAGCCCCGGCGGGCUUACAAAAACCUUCGAGACCUCGUCGGUGAAGUCCGAAAACUCCGAGGAUGGCUCGUCCUGGAUCCCAGAGGCCGGCAGAUACUCCCCUCCCCCAAGACACCUGAGUCCCACAGCCUGUACACUAAGGAAACACAAGACCAAUCGGAAGCCUCGAACACCUUUCACAACUUCCCAGCUGCUAGCUUUAGAGCGCAAAUUCCGUCAGAAGCAGUAUCUAUCUAUUGCUGAAAGGGCUGAAUUCUCAAGCUCCCUCAAUCUUACAGAGACCCAGGUCAAAAUAUGGUUCCAGAACCGGAGGGCCAAGGCAAAGAGACUGCAGGAAGCAGAGCUGGAGAAGUUAAAAAUGGCAGCGAAGCCCAUGUUGCCAUCUGGCUUCAGCCUCCCUUUCCCUAUCAACUCGCCUCUCCAGGCAGCCUCUCUCUAUGGAACGUCCUAUCCCUUUCACAGACCUGUGCUUCCUAUCCCACCUGUAGGACUCUAUGCUACUCCUGUGGGAUAUAGCAUGUAUCACUUAUCGUAAGAAGAUCAGAAAGUGAUGACAUGGUAUCUGACUAUCUGAUGGAGUGUACUCAGUUAAAGACUGCCGUACAGAACUGUGACUGGUCAUUUUUCGCCUACUUGUAAUGUGCCUUAUCAAAUAUAUAGGAAUUUGAACUCAGAACCUGUAUUCCGCAACUUGGGAACCAACCAAAUGUGAGCUCAGCAUCUAGAAUCUGAUCCUGAAACCAAGUUUUUUUGAACAUACAGACUUAAACGAAUAUAGUUUAUUUAUAUACUGCACAGGGGAGGGGGAUUAAAUUGAUAACUCUUCCCAGGAAAAUAUAUGAUUUAAUUAUCAGCCUCCCUAAUGUUCCCAGUGAACCAGCGGAAUAUCAUCACAUGCACACACACACUCAGACACACACAGAGAUCUUGAAAGUGAGGAACUUGCAGUCUUUUCUUAUGCCUGUUUACUCAGAAGGAAUACACCUCACUUUGUUCAAUGGUACUUAUUCCCAGCGUGGUGUGUGCGCGCGUACGUAGGUAAAAAUGCACAUGUAUUCUUUGACUGAGUGAGGAAGCUUAAACAUAUAGAUGAGCUUUAUUUAUAAAACCAACUUCAGAAAUAAAAGUUGACACUGAGUUGGUUUCUAUAUUUCUCUUUGGAUCCUACACUGCACUCCAGUCCUGGAAACUGAAAUGCAAGGAACUGGAAUACUUCAGAUGCAGAAUGGUGGAUUGGGUGGACUGUUGAUCUGAUCUGGCAAAGCAAGUUUUCCAUCUUAGAAUACAUUCCUUUACAAAAUUCCAUACUGGAAUAUUUCCUGUAGAGUGGCACCCGUGAAAUGGGAUUACCCCAUUUCUAUCCUGUAAAGGAUUCCUACAGAUGUGAGUUUUGCCAAUUUUUUGUUUGCAGUUUAUUCUUGUUUGUAAGGCAGCAUUAGGAGGGGUACAGGGGUGUGCCAUGGCAGAAGGGAGCCUGAGAAGUUUCUUACAGAUUUGUCUUGAUCCCAGUUGCCCUUGUUCAUUUAAUCAUCAUUUAAGUCAAGUCUGUGUUCAGUUGAUAUUUUGAUAUCAGGAACAAACCAGUUAGAGAUACGAAAAGAAAAUAUAUAGUUGUGCAUAUGUGCAGAGAGAUGUUAAAACCAGAGUUGUUUUGUGUUGCAGAGUUGUUUUGUGUUUAUUACAAUAAUCUUGUGCUUUAACCAUUAUUAGCUUGUAAAAAUGAAUUAUGCUUAAAUGGGUCUUGACACACCCACAGAUCCAGAGGAUGAAACAGAAUAGUGCCACCCACUCUAAAGACAGGACAGCUCCCCUAUCUUUGAUUUAUUUUAGAGGAGGGCAGGGAGGAAAGAGUUCUUAGCAUACAUGGUACUAUAUAACCCAUUGUUUUAAUUAUGUUAUUAUUACUAUGGCUAAACUUUGUGGUCUAUAGAGGAGGCAGGUUGCUGAAGACAAGACAUUUCCAAGGUGUGUUUUUAGUAUGUCCUAAAGAGUGAGAAGGAAUCUGCUCUGCUACAGGCUGCGUUGUGAAUCCUUGUCUAUUAGUUCAGUGUUGGCCUUUUACCCACCCAUCCCCAGCCUAUGAAAAUCCCU